ACAGAAGAAUUGUAAAGAGGCCAUAGACACUGAAGAACAUUUCUCAUAACGAAAGACUUUGUCCAAACAUCUUCUUGUUAGCUCAGAAAUCUUUCUACAAUGAAUAUUUUUCCUGCCCGUUAAAGGCUUCUGGCAGUUGUGCUUAGCAUGCGCGAUCCGUUUUGUUCAUGAAUUCUAACGUUCGUACCAAAGCGAUCAGUCUUGUACACAUGAAUGGGCAAUUCACAGAAGCGCAUUAACAACGCCGACUUGAUCGACGUCGUUGUAUUGGGACGAUUGUAUGAAACUAGUUUCAAUAUAGUGUGUUUAAAACUGGCGAGACUCGAAACUUGAAAGACAAGUUUGUCAGGAUUUUGGAAUAUAGAAUGAGCCGCGAUUCUAGUUCGGGCCAGGACACACUGAACAAUAAUCACUCGAGGGAAAACGAAAGUUCACAAUCGGACUGCGGUGAAGCGGGGACCUUUUCUCCGAAGGUCUCCGGUGGGAGAGCUCUGUAUGAUGACGGGCCUCCUAAUGACCCCAACGGCUACUUCCGGCACCCUCUCACGGCUGCGGAGACUGCCAUCAGUAGUGAAGCGUCUGCCUUAGCGUAUGAAUACAGCAAACUUCCGGCGCUGGACGCCAGUGGAAUGAAAAUUGGAGAAACUAAUGAUUACAAGGACAUCAUAAGAGCUAACCAAAGCCCGGAGCAGACUGGAGUGGAGGAAUCGGAAAAUGAGAGCGAAUAUUUGAACCUUGAGACGAAGUUCCUGAGCGAGGACAUCUGUGAGGUGAAUGACCAGGUACCCCCUCCCAUUGACCAUGUCAUCGAAGUGUGUACCGUCACCACCCCAGCCCAAGCCUCACAGCAACCUCCAAAGCGUCCAAAAUCAACCAGGUCCAAGGGCAAAAAAUCAUCAGGCAGAGGAAAAGGGCCAAUUGCUGUCACGGUGGAGCCUCGUUCUGCUUCAGUGAGGACCGAAGAAUCCCUGGAAAACCCCUUAAUGACCAAUCAACGCAUCAAGAACGGUAAUUCUACGUCCGCGGGGAACACGUCCAUAUUGUAUAAGAACUCACCCAUCGCUGAAGACUGCAGGAACUUUGGUGAAAUCGAACAGUGCGAUACAGAUCCAUUACUAAACUGUUGUUCUUCCGAAAAGUUCGAAGAGCAGAAAGAAUCGACAUUCAAAAUCAAAAAGGCCCUUCAUGAGAAACUGUGCAAAAAGCCAAGUGUUCAAGGCACCCAGGAAGUUCUGUUGAACGAUUCAUCAGUUACAAACUCAGAACCCGUGUCUCCCAAUGGAUAUUCUUCAGAUGCUGUGGCAGUGCUAGAAUCCAACGAGCUUCAUCCACUCAGCGUCUCUACGAACUCUCCAACAGAAAGUUUCUCCGAAGAGCAGACGACAAUGCACGAUUCCGUCGCCAUGUCUCUCGGUAUGCCAAUGGCUUGUGCCGCUUCCACACUCACCAAUACUAUUUCCCCAUUGGACAUUUCAAUGCAUCAUACUCACGAACAGUGCUAUUCUGGUCUCAUGGAUGUGCGACCCAAUCAACUUUUAGCGGGACAAUCCGAGCAGGAUCUCUUACAGAACAAUGCUAUUCAGCAUCAAACAAUGAGACAGAACUCUUACCCCGUUUCCACGUGCCAGUCCACAUACGCCGGUAGUGGCUACAUUUACCCCAUCACCCCUCCCCAAAUGAAUCACUCCCCUCCCGGCAAUGAAAUGAUAGAGCGUUAUCUCCAACAACAGCAGCAGCAGUACCACCAGGAACCGUCCCCGAGCUACGGGUACUACGGGGUCAACAUGAAGGAGAAUUACGCCAUGAAGUCCCCCGACAGCGGGUACCAGGAGCCUUGUCUCUCCCCCACCGACCAGCUGAGCAUUAUGUAUAACCAUGACGCCGGAAGUUAUGGCGAAGUAACAACUACUUCCUGCCAGAAAGUGGGCAAGCGUCGAAAGUCCGCACCGGCCGUCUACCAGAAACAGUUAUGGUCGGCCUGCGAAAAGAUGCCCUCUUUCGGGACAGUCAUUCCAAAACUACCAGAAGAUACCGCUGGGUACAAAUGUAUUCUGGAGACCCCAAUUUCUUCGGCUUGCAGGCGAGACGAGGACAGGGUCACUUAUUUAAACAAAGGCCAGUAUUACGGAUUGACUAUUGAGUACACCGGGGAACAGCUACCUCCUAGUGGAAUGGUUAAGAGUGUUAUUAUGGUGGUGUUUCGGGACGACAAGUCUGUAGAAGAUGAGCAGAAGGCUUGGGAGUUUUGGCACAGCAGACAGCACAGCCACAAACAGCGCGUCAUAGACAUCGAUACAAAGGACAGUCAAGGUGUACAGGCUUGCAAUAUUACCGAGGUGUCUUAUAAUGCUGUGUCCGUGCGCUGGAAUCCACGAGAUUCUCCGAUAAAGGUGAAUGUAGCUGUCCAUUGUCUCAGCACUGACUUCAGUAACCAAAAGGGGGUCAAGGGCUUGCCUCUUCACGUCCAGAUCGACACGUACGAAAACGCCCGAGAGGAUCCGGUACACCGAGGGUACUGCCAGAUUAAAGUGUUCUGUGACAAGGGAGCCGAAAGGAAAACCAGAGAUGAGGAAAGGAGAUUAAAAACACGACAGACCCCCGAAGGCCCUAACCAAGCCCGAAAACGUAGUCAUGACAACCACUACCACCCACCUAGCGAGCGGUCCGAGUUUUACAGUAUGCAAGACACAAAAUCAAUGCCCUUCCUUUUUACCCCGUCCGCGGAUGAAGACGGGAUUAAGAAAGCUGAGAAAAGUCCAUCACGUUUGUCAAUCAGCGGCUUAGACGAUGAUGGAAACUCAAGUUUGAAUUCCCUGGGGGACAGCUUUGAUGACGUCUUGUGUCCGCCAUUCAAAAGACAAAGGCGGGACUCCUACGAAUCAUUUCAAAAAGUGCUGCUGUACGUACGAGAACAUCAUGAGUCGGUGUUUACAGCCCUUAUGCUGCGGACUCCCACAUUACACGGUCUUUUAAAAGCGGUUGAGGAAAAAUACAACAUUCCUGUUGAAAAUAUCAAAAUCACAUACAAGCGCUCAAAGAAGGGAAUUAUCGUCAAAAUGGAUGACAACAUUGUGCGUCACUAUUCUCACGAAUCAACAUUCAUCAUCGAAAUGAACAAAAUUGGGGACAGUCAAGACUUCGAAAUCAUUCUGACGGAGAUCGAGGCGGUGCCGUCCUGUUGAUAGGAUGUUUGUGAACUACAAAUGAAAGUGCUCCUUCUCGCAAUAUGGCGGUUAACAUUCGGUACCGAUGGCAACGCCUAUUGCGGGAGUGUAUAAAACUAGUCUAAACCUGUAAUUCUCUUGAUGCAUCAUCAAAUGAGGACUCAGCUUGGUUAUAAUAUGCAAACUCUGUAUCAUCUGCCUCAUCCGCUCCGCAACAUAUAUAUGCAAUAUUACACAUAUCAUUCUGCUACAUCGGCGGACACACGAGUUGUUUCCCCUGCGGAAAUGACGUGAAAGCCAUGUAGAAAACCAAAACAUUCCAAGUGAUAUUGUUUGGAUUUUUAUCUGUUACACAAAGAAAAGGUUUAAUUUUAUAGCGUUGUUUUGUUACUGUUAUGCCCAUUGUUUUUUAUAAGGAGAAAUUACAAUGUAUAUUACAGUUAUUUGUACAAAGAAUCAAUUGUACAUAUCAGUGAAUACGUGUAUAGUUAUACAUGAAUUGUCUCAAAUAUUUGAUAUAAACUAUUGUUUUAAUUUUGAGAAAAAUUAAAAUAAAAAGUAGACAAAAUAUA